CCGAUUUUAACAACCUUGGAUAUUAAUGAGUGCUUGAAUGAUAAACUCCAUAACUGCACAAAUAAAUGCAAUAACAUAGCUGGGAGUUUUAAUUGUUAUUGUCCAAAGGGCUUUCACGGGGAUGGAGUAAGGGGAAGCCAGGGUUGCAUUCCAGAUCAAACUAAUCCACCAAUAUCGCUAAUUACUCUAGGCCUUGGCAUCACAGUUGCAUUAUUUGUGGGAUGCUUUUUGUUAUAUUGGGGAAUCAAGAGGAGAAAACUCACCAACUUAGAGAAAAGUUUUUUCAACAAAAUGGUGGUUUGAUGCUACAACAACAACUUUCACAACUUGAUAGUUCAACUGAGACUGCCAAAAUCUUUACUAAAGAAGAGGUGAAGAAGGCAACCAAUAACUUCAGUGAAAGGGAAAUUGUCGGUCGAGGAGGCUUUGGUAUAGUUUACAAAGGAAUUUUAUCGCAAAACAAAAUAGUUGCUAUUAAAAAGUCCUCUGUCGUCGAUCAAAGCCAAGUUGACCAGUUUGUUAAUGAGGUGAUUGUGGUUUCCCAAAUCAACCAUAGAAAUGUGGUAAAACUAUUGGGUUGUUGUUUAGAGACAGAAGUCCCCUUACUGGUUUAUGAAUUUAUUACCAAUGGGACUCUAUACCACCAUCUCCAUGAAGUAGGUCAUGUCUCGUCGAUCCCAUGGGAAAUACGUCUAAGGAUAGCCAAAGAAACUGCAGGAGCACUAGCAUAUUUGCACUCUGCAGCUUCCAUACCGAUCAUUCAUAGAGAUGUCAAGUCUACUAACAUACUUUUAGACGAUAACUUUACUGCAAAAGUCUCAGACUUUGGAUCUUCAAGAUUAGUUCCAUUGGAUAAAACACAGCUAACCACAAUGGUUCAAGGAACUUUUGGCUACUUAGACCCUAAAUAUUUCCAUACAAGCCACUUGUCAGAGAAAAGUGAUACAUACAGCUUUGGAGUGGUCCUUGUGGAGCUAAUUACAGGUAUAAAAGCACUUUCUUUUGACAAGCCAGAGGAAGAGAGAAACUUAGCCACAUACUUCCUUUCUUCAAUGAAAGAGAAUCGAUUGUCCUUAAUUCUAGAUGAUCGAAUCGUGAAUGAGGGUAACACGGAUGAGAUGCUUGAAGUUGCAAACAUUGCACAGAGUUGCCUAAGAUUGAAGGGGGACGAACGACCUACAAUGAGGGAAGUGUCAAUGCAGCUUGAGAGACUAACAAGAGUGGAGAAGCACCUUUGGACUACUGUCGAUGUGAAUCCAGAUGAGACGGAGUUCUUACUAAGUGGAUCAUUGAACUCUCAGAGCACCACAACUGGAUGUGAUAGUCUCAAGGACAAAGACGUAAUACCAUUAGAGGUUGAUCACGGCCGUCUAGCGUCUUGCAGUAAUAUGAGUGGGGCAAUGACGGGGGUUCCAAUAUACCAAGGGCCAUCUGGUGCACUUAAGUGGGACACAAUUUGAUGCACUUAAAUAGAGAUUUGUUUAGUGUAUGCCCUAUUUUAGUUUAUGUUUCCUUGAAACAGCUACUUUUCAUUUAGAGAUUUGUUUUAGUGAAUAUUACAUAAUUUAGUUUUUU